UCGGAAAAAUCUGGACCUAAAAAAUCGGCCAUCCGCAGCGGGGGGUUUACAACAAGUGUUCACUUCAUGGCAGCAGUGGCGAUUGCUACGUCGUGGUAGAUUGUGAUUACAAGCGAAAGAUAGGGUUGUUUUUUUGUGCAAAGUGCUGAAAAAUUAACCAUCGUGGCGUCGUCUAUAGAAGCAACCAGCAUGGAGACGGUGCGGGUGUUCAACCAGGAGCUAUCCGGGCUCUAUGAAUCAAAACCGCCGAUAUCGAAGGCUAAAAUGGCAUCGAUUACCCGGAGUGCUAUGAAGGCGAUCAAGUUCUACAAGCAUGUGGUGCAGAGUGUUGAAAAGUUCAUCCAGAAGUGCAAAUGCGAGUACAAAAUUCCCGGCCUGUACGUGAUCGAUUCCAUCGUGCGUCAGUCGCGCCACCAGUUCGGUCCGGAGAAAGAUGUGUUCGCACCACGGUUUGCACGCAACAUGGAAUCGACGUUUGCGCAUCUGUUCCGCUGCCCACCGGAGGACAAGAGUAAAAUUAUCCGUGUGUUGAACCUGUGGCAAAAGAAUAUGGUAUUUUUGCCGGAAGUCAUCCAGCCGCUGUUUGACCUUGCGAAUCCGGACCACCCGAUCCAUCAGCAGUACAAUGCGCAAGUGUUGCAGGAGCAAGGGGGAGCCAAUGGGAUGAAUCCUGGUGGGGGACUGGCCCACGACUCACCGGUUGGCGGUUCAAUGGGUGGUGGUGGUGGCAUGGACGAUCAUGGCGGUCAGCUACAAAUGGGCGAAACGAAACAACUUGACCCAUCCACCAUCAGGCAGCUGCAACAGUUCCAGCAAAUUUUGAUGCGCCAAACAUCCGGCGAACAGGCAAAUGCCAUCUCCAAGGAUCAGGUCAAAUUCAACAAGAAGCUGCUAGACUUUGAUUACGGCAGUGAUGAUGAUGAUGAUAAGAAUUCCCCAUCGGUUCCGAUACCGGGCAACACCGGUAUGCCGGAUCUAUCCCAGAUGCCCGGUGGCAACAUUGCGCAAAUUUUGUCCGACCCCAACGUGUUAAAACAGUUACAAAACCUGCAGAAGCUCAAGCAGCAGGAUGAGAAGCAAACGAAGCUGUCGGAAAUGCUGCUCAAGGAGGAAAAGUUUGAGAAGCAUCUGGCCAGCGUCCUGAUGAAGUUACCGUUCGCCAACGAAUGUGACCUCAGCAGACCGCCACAGAUUGAUCUGAGUGCCGGUCACUCGAAGGAUGUUGAUACUGAUAACGACGUGGCGAUAACUGGAGUUGAGAUCCUUGGCGAACCCUUACCGGUCGGUGGCAGCCGUGGUGGAGGAGGAGGUAUCGGGAUUGGCGGCAGUGGCAGUGGUAGUACUGCAGGCGGAAGCGGUGGUGGCAACAAUGAUCGUUACAAAUCAUCAUCCUCAUCGUCGAGGCGUAAGAGCAGAUCGCGAUCACCUCGCGAUCGCCGUGGAGGUGGAGGAGGUGGUGGCUCCAGUGGACGUGGAGGAGGUCGAGGACGAUCGCAUUCACGUUCGAGAUCCGUUUCACCAAGAUCAUCCCGUAGACGGUCGUCCCGUGAUCGUGGCGGUACCUCGACAAAAGAUCGAGAACGAGAGAAGGAACACGAGCGUGAACGCAAACGGAAGGGAUUGCCGGAAAUGAAGAAAGAGCAUCUGAGUGUUUGCAGCACAACACUGUGGGUUGGCCAUCUGUCGAAGCUGGUACAACAAGAGGAGCUAUCCGAUACGUUCGGUAAAUACGGCGAUAUCGUGAGCAUCGAUAUGAUACCACCCCGAGGUUGCGCGUUUAUCGUGAUGAACCGACGUCAGGACGCGUUCAAGUCGAUGCAAAGCCUGAAGAAUCACAAGAUGCACGGACGCACCAUCACCAUCUCCUGGGCCGCCGGCAAAGGCGUCAAGAGCAAGGAGUGGAAAGAUUACUGGGAUCUAGAUCUGGGAGUCAGCUACAUUCCCUGGUCGAAACUGAGUCCGAGCACGGAUCUUGAAUCGCUCGAAGAUGGUGGCAUGUUCGACGAAGACACAAUGCCGCAGUGGAUGAAGGAAAAGUCAUCCGUCGGCAGUACGGUAGGAAUUGGUUCGGCGGCAGCUGCAGCGGCUGCUGCCAUGGGCCUCAGUUUGGCCCCGGGCAUGGGUUUGAAGAAACUGGACGGUACCGACCUGUCUACGGCGGCGGCAGCUGCUGCAGCGGCAGCGGCUGCUGGAAUGUUGAAUCCAUCGCUGUUUCCCCUGAGUGCGGUUGAUACGAGUCAACCACCACCAACCGCCAUGAUGGGCAUGGGAAUGCCACCAUUCCCAAUGGGUCCCGUUACUAGGCUACCAAUACCGAUGGGAAUUCCAAUGGGUCCUAAUAUGGUGCCGGGGUUAGGAAUAAAUGUGCCUCCUCCCGGUAUGAUGCUAUCCGGUAAUGCACCUCCGCUACCAAUGGGAGGGUUUGGUGUGUUACCUCCACCACCGCCCGCGGCCGGUUCAUCAUCCGGUGCAGGUAUGAUGGGCAAUGGUGGUUCGUCGAAUGUGAUUAGUUCGAACAUGAGCAAAUCAUCUGCCGACGAUAUGGAUAUCGAGAUGGAGGAUGAACACACCUCCAAUCCGGCACCAAUGGUUGGUGGGAGCGGUCAGAGUUCAAGUGCGUUCUUUAAUCAGCCACCUCCACCGUUAAUGCCACCGAGCGCCGCAAACCUUCCACCGGGACCACCGGGUAAUGCGGCAGGUUUCUUCGGUGGACUGGCGGGAGCACACCCAGGUAACAUGCAAGACAACGGAGGUCCAUUGGAUAUAGCGAGCGAUGAUGCAGAGGGGGAUUCUGGCAUAAGUCGCGCAGCAAGAGAAUUUUUACAACGAGCAAAUGAGGAUGGAAGAGAUAUCCGUGGUCGCGGUGGAGAUCGCAAUAGGGAGCAACGCGAUCAACGAGGAGGAGGCUUCGACCGUGGAGGCGGCGAUGGUGGUGGGGGACGGCGCGAUAGAGGUGAGCGUGGCAGUCGCUGGGGCAACAACUUCCGUGGCGGCGAUGGAUCCAAUAACCAGCAGCAGGACGAUCGGCCGCUGUCGGAACGUCUUCGUGAGCUGGCGGGAGUUUUGGAGUUUAAUAAUCAACAGCAACGGGGUGGUGGCGGCGGUGGUCGCAACUUUGGACGCGGUGGUGGAUUUGAUGGUGAUGAUUUUGGCAAUCGUGAUGGAGACUUUUCGCGCCGUGGUGGUGGUAACUUCCAACAUAAUCGAUUCAACAAUAUCGCCGGUGGUAAUGGAGGCGAUGUUCGCAACAUGGGUCGUAAUGGCCCGUUCGGUAAUCAACAGCAAGGAGGUGGUGGACGCGGUGGUAAUGGUGGUGGAGGCAUGUUUGGCAAUCGAGCUGGCGGUGGAAGAAACAACAACCAGCAGCAACAGCAGCGUGGUCAGUUCUUCAAUGACGAUCGUCAACAGGGCGGCUUUUUUGAUCGUGACGAAGGCAGCAAUGGCUAUGACUCGGGAGGCAACAACAGUAACAACAGCAAUAAUCGACGGAACUGGAAUGAUCGUACUGGUGGUGGUGGUCGUGGUGGCAAUCGUGAUGAACUGAGCCGUGGACGUGGAGGAAGACAACAAAAUUGGCGCAGCGGUGAUGAAAGUGCGGGAAGUGGAGGUGAUGGUGGUGGCGGUGGUGGCCAACGAUUCAAUAACACCCGCGGAGGAAACAAUAACCGCAACCAGGUUGGUAACCGCGCAGGAGGUGGGCCAGUUCGUUGGGAUGAUGAUGACGAAACGUGGGAUGACGCCAACAACCGAUCGACGACUGGACGACCGGCUCAAUUCUCUGCUAACCAACGUCAGCAGCGAAGAAACUCGGAAGGAAAUGAGGAACAAGAACAGCAACAGCAAGAUCAAGACGCCCACCGAGAUGGACAGCCGGAAACGGAAGAUAUGACAGUGUGUGAUGAACAAUCGCGACACAGCGAACACGAGACAGCCAGAGACAUGCACAACAAUGCGAUGAACAGACACAUCGGCGACGGUGAAGACACGGGCGAUGGGCGACGGUUUGCACGAAAUCAUCAUCGAAACGAUGAUGUCGAUGACGAACGACCGCAGCCUAUCCUUUACUCGCCCGAGCCGGAAGAUGAGUCGGAUCAGACAAAUAACAAUAAUCAAUUUGCCGAUGAAGAGAAUACAAACUAUCGUGACGAUAAACGACACAACGACGAUGUUGCUGAAACGAAUCAUCCUUACGAACAUCAUUCACAAGAAGAAACAUCCACGUUGGGGCGAGUUCCUGCGGAAGAACAUUACGAAAGUCAACGGGUGAGCGAUUCUCCUCCUCAAAGAGCAGAACAAAAUGACGAUUACUCUCACAAUCAAAGAGGAGAAGAAGAUAAUCCGUCUGCUAAUCAUGAGGCCGAAACCGUAACUUCAUCAUCCACGCCAAUGGCCGAUUGUGUGGAAGCAAAUGGCGAUUCCAACGUUCCCACAAACAACACCGACGAUAACGAAGCAACUCAAGCUGAACCUGUUGCAUGCUAA